AUGAUACAUGAUGCUCUAUUAAUUCUUUGGGAUUGUUGCCAAACAUCGGAAGGAGUCCAGCAAGAACCACUUACUUACGCUAAUGAAGGAGAUGCUGUCAUUUACAAACAAAUAUCAAAAAUUGCAUAUAGUCACCAUAAGAUCCAAAAUUUUGUAAUUGGUACUGGAUAUUUAUCAAGAAAAACACAUGAAGCAUCUGGACACAGAAUGUUUGGUUUAUAUGGACAAGCAUUAAGUGAGGGAAUAUCAGAAGUUCUACAGUCUUAUAAAAAAACUCUUAAAGAUGUAGAAAGUCUUGUUAUUGGUAAUAAAAAUUACACUUUAGCGUUUGUAUAUAGCUAUGUUGAGAAAUAUCAAGGCCUAUUUAAUACCAUAAACAGAAUUAUUUCAACAUUAAAGGAGAGAAGGCUUAUUGGUUGUCAGAUUUUAAGCCUCUUGCAUCAAUAUAUUUUGAGUGGCAAUGAAAUGGUACAUGAAGCUAUCGUUAAAAUUUUUUCAAAUAUCAAUGCUGUGUUUAUGAAUCAACUAUGCACUUGGUUAUUAUAUGGAGAGCUAAGAGAUCCCUAUGAAGAAUUUUUCAUUAAUAGUAUAAAGAAGAAUGACUCAACAGAUACUUUUUCAUCAUGUCAAUCAACCACAAUUACCUGUGAGAAGUCACUAGUGUCAACACUACAGCAAACACCUCUGGAUUGUGGUUAUAAUUUGAACUCAACAAUGAUACCGUAUUUCAUACCAUUGUCUUUGGCACAAGAGAUAUUGUUUGUGGGAAAAACCGUUAUACUAUUUGGUUUUGAUCCAAAAAAAGUAAAGAAGAAUAAUAUUUUUUCUAUGAGCAAAGCUUUGAUACCAUUACAAAAAAUUAACAUUGAGUCAAGAAGGUUUACAAUUUGGGAAGAGAAAGAAGCGGAAUUUCAUGAAAAGUUACAAAAGCUUAAAAAUCCCGAUGAGUUUGAAGUGUGCCAUUUGAAGUCUGUUGUGAGAGACAUAAAAGAAUGUGUUACUAAGCAUUUAUGGAUAGUCGCAGUGGAAGAAGCUCAACUCCUUCACGAGUUGCAUCUGAUGAAAGACUUCUACCUCUUGGGCCGAGGGGAACUCUUUUUGGAACUACUUCGUUUGACCUCACGUUUAUUGGACAAACCCACUACCAGGACAUCUACGAGAGAUAUGAACCAAGCAUUUCAAUUAGCGGCCAGAUCAGUAUUCCUAAGCAACAGUGCUGAUAUUGAGAAGUUCAGCUUCGAAUUGCCCUACGUCAAGCCUAAUGCAUCUGAUAAUUUGUCGCUCCAGGAAGACAGCAGCUCAGCGGCGGACGGUUGGUCUACAAUAAUAUUAAAGUACGAUUUCAAAUGGCCCCUACACUUGUUAUUCGCACCGGAAGUACUAGCACGCUACAAUGAUAUGUUCCGCUUGCUCUUGCGCAUCAAGAAAACGCAGCACGAUCUACACGCUUUAUGGAAAACAUACAAAAAUUCGUCUCGGUUCAGCUCAUGUCAGCUUCAUAACAAAUUAAUGUUUUUAAUGGAUAACCUUCAACAUUAUCUCCAAGCGGAUGUCUUGGAAACGAAUUUCUCACGUUUAAUGGACGCUGUCAGCAAAACCAACGAUUUCGAGAAGCUUAAGAAGGCGCACGCGAAUUUCCUGGCCGAUAUAUUGAGCCAAUCUUUUUUGACUGUUACGGCAGAAGACACAGAGGGCUCUGAUACAUUAGACAGUAUAAAUAACCCAGUUUUAAAUAAUAUAGUAGAGUUAUUACGACUUGGCCAUUCCUUUUGUAACCUCAGCGAGGUAACCACAGAUGCUGACGAUGAAGAUUAUUAUAUACGAGGAUAUUCGGAAAGGUUUAACAAACUUGUGAAACAAUUGAUGCAACUUCUGGUAUCUCUGCGAGAAAAGCCGUGCGGUGUAUACUUAGCUAGGCUGUUAAUGCGUCUAGACUAUAACCGGUGGCUCAGUGCUGAAGCUCAGCUCACUCAAUCAGUUACAAAUAUGCUUCGAUAUUAA